UGUACAUUUUAUACCUUUCCAUUCAUUUUGAAAUGUGAUGCCAUAUCGCCAUAUGAAUUCCUUGAAAGAGAAGCAACAGAAACGGACGUUUUCUCAUUCAUUUCGUGUGUGCACAGUCUUUUAUUUGUCGUUUUGUGUUGUGUCAUCUCAUAUUUAAGAAGUGGAGUAGUUUGAAGCGCGUGAAUUUUCCAUUGCGAAAAUCUGAAAGAAAAUUCCGAUUUUUGUAAAUAAAAACAUAGAAAAUAUAUACCUCAACAGAAGCAUAAAAGAGACGAAGAAGAAAACGAAAGCAUAACGCUAAAAAUAGCUAAUUUAUGCAAAGCAAUUGAAGUGACAACAAACACGGAAAAGUGAAAGUAUUUGUUAAAGAAAUUGUCCGAAAUUGUUGUCGACUUCUGUGUGUGAAAGGUCAGUGGGCUAUUAGAAACUAACAGACAGAGGCUUAUCAGACAAUCGGCAAACUACAGAUAGCACAAACAUGCUGUUUUUAAGGCGUCUUUUCUCAAUGGCUGCGGAACCACUUAAUCAGCCCACCGACUUAAUUGGAUAUUUCCAACAACAAACCCCACAAAUUCUUAGUGCAGCUGGAGGUGGUGUUGCAGCAGCCACAGGUUUGGAAAGUUUGUCGUGGUUACACAAUGUGGCUCCCUGUUUUCCCCUAAGGGGCGAACAAAUUCAAGUGAUAAAUGAACCAAAACAUUUCUACGAAACGUUGUUGCAGCGAAGUGCCAGUGCUCGUGAAAGAAUUGUCUUGGCUAGCUUAUAUUUGGGCACUGGCCAGUUGGAAACAAAUUUCGUACAGACUCUGAGAAAGACGUUACAACAACAAUCAUCGCUGAGAGUUAAUGUUCUGCUGGAUUUUACUCGCGGCACAAGGGGUGAAAUGAAUUCAAAAACAAUGUUGUUACCCCUCAUACAAGAUUUUAGUGAACAAUUCCAGUUGAGUCUGUAUCAUACACCGAAUCUGAGAGGCCUAACAAAACGUCUGGUGCCGGCACGUUGGAAUGAACUGUUGGGUUUGCAACACAUGAAGGUGUAUUUGUUCGAUGAUGCUGUCCUGAUAUCCGGCGCAAAUCUCUCGAAUGACUAUUUCACGAAUCGCCAAGAUCGUUAUAUUCUUAUUGAAGAUAAACCCUUAGCUGAUUUCUAUGCCGGUUUUAUAUCACGUGUUCAGGAGUUCAGUUUGACGGUACAAAAAGAUGCCGAAGUUGGUCUCCAUCGUAAUUGGCAAUAUUUACCAUAUGAGGGAACCAAAGAAGAUUUCAUAAAUACCGCCAAGAAAAGUAUAACCGAUUUUAUGCAAGAUGUCUAUAAGGAACAACAAAGGGUGUGCAAUGAAUCGAAGGAUGCUGAUUCGUGGAUAUUCCCCUUGGUCGAGAUGGGACAAAUUGGCAUUCAUCAUGAUAGUGUUGUCACAAAGCGUUUGCUGUCGAAUUGCAUAGAAAAUUCUCGUUUGAAAUUGGCCACCGGGUAUUUUAAUCUAACACAGGAAUAUAUGGAUACGUUGACGCACAAAUGUUUGGCACAAUGUAGCAUUCUGAUGGCACAUCCUAAUGCUAAUGGCUUCCAGGGCGCAAAAGGACCUGCCGGCGGAAUACCGGCUGCUUACACACUCAUAGCUAAGAGCUUCUACGAAAGUUUAGUGCGGCGCAAACAAAACCACCGCGUAAACUUUUUCGAAUAUGAAAAACAAGGCUGGACCUAUCAUGCCAAAGGUCUUUGGUAUUAUCUACCUCAAUCGAAAUUGCCAAAUCUUACACUUAUUGGUUCGUCAAACUUUGGUGAACGCUCUGUUAAUCGGGAUUUGGAAACACAAGUCUGUUUGGUUACCGCCAAUGAGGGCCUGAGUCAGAGUCUACAACACGAAAACGAACGUCUCUUCAAUCAAUCCACCACCGCUGAGAACCAAAUAACUACAAGACCUGUACCUCGAUGGGUACAGGCUGUGGUUGGAUUAUUUAGAACAUUUUUCUAGAACAAACAAAAAAAACUAUAAACUAAUUCUAGACGCAUAACAGAAAAAACAAAACAAAACUGGUUAAUUGUUAAGUUAGUUAAUUCUUUCAAAUCCUAAUGUUGUUUUUGUAAACAUAGUUAGAAUUAUACCGAAAAAAAAAGAAAAGUAAAAACAAAUUCGAAUUAACCCAUAUUGAGUUAUUGAUACAAUCAAACGUUCGAAAACAUGGCAGAAUAUUAUGAAUUUUAUUUUUAAAGAAAUGUAUCAUGUGUAUCAGUUAUUUGUAAAAUGUUUAUUAAUUCAUGUGCCUAUAUUCGUGUCAUGUUUCACACACACCCAUAAAACAUUAAUUGACUGCAGCUCAAAGGCCAUAUUUGUCAAGACGAAAUAUUCCCAAACUUUUGUGUUUUUCCCCAUUUACUUUAAAACAAAAUAUUAAUGCCAAAAAUAUGUUCUUCUGUGUUCUUAUAUAGUUAUGCUAAAAUGAUAACUUAAUUUUGUUUAGAAAUGUAUGGAUGUGUUUGUGUAUGAAAUAUACAUUUUGGGUAUGUUUAUGUUUAAUUGAAAAUUAAAAGAUAUAUAUUUACAUUUGGUCAAGAAGAAAACAAA